AUGGAUUCAUCACUUAACCCAAACGACAUAAUAUCAAGAUUACCGGAUGUAGUUCUUGUUGUGAUUCUUUCUUUCUUAUCCUUCAAGGAUAAUGUAAAGACGAGUCUUCUCUCAAGGAGGUGGAGGAAAUCUGCCUCCGGCUACCAAGCCAAAAAGGUUUCAUUUGUUCUCUAUAUGCUCCAAUGGAUCUCUAGAGUAAACAUUCAGGUUAUAGAGAGUUUUGAGAUUUGUCUCUAUAAUCCGGUGGGCUUCAAGGCAGAGAUUAAGUCUCUGGUUGAGUUUGCAAUCUCAAGAAGAGUGAAGAAGUUAGUUCUUGAUUUCUUAAGCCCUUUUUGGAAAACCAUAUUCAAUGUGUGGAAAUAUGAUGACAUCGUUUUUGAAUUGCCUGAACUUGUUUACAUUGCACCAACCCUCGAAGUAUUGAAGCUUUAUGCAUGCAAGAUUGACGCCUCUAGGCUCGCAAACCCAAGGCUAAGAAAGCUCUCCCUUGGUUGGUUGCGACUCCAAACGAUAGAAUCUAUUCUAUCAAAGUGUCCUUUGCUUGAGAGUCUUAGUCUCAGCUAUUGUUAUGACCUUGAUGAGAUGAUUCAUACUGGACAAAUCCGAGAAGUGAUCUUCGAGAGCAUUGCUACCCCUUACAUGCAUUGUUCGCUUAACCUACCCAAUGUAGAAUUCUUCAAGUACUCCGGGAAUGUCAUGAACAUUCAUAUUGAGAAAGUGAAUAGGAUGUUGAAAGAAGUGUCCUUGAAUUUUGGGGUGGAAAAUGAAUAUGAAGAUCCAUUCGAUCCAAACGAAGCUGGAGAAGUUCUUUCUCAUCUCCUUAACGAUCUUCGAUCUUCAAAGAAAUUAACUGUUUCCCCGUAUCUCCUUGAGGUGAUACCAGAGUGUGACAAUCCGGUUGAUAUGUUACGUGAUGUGGAAACACAACAUUUGGUGUUAGAAACGUAUCUGCAUGCAAAUGAGUUCAUGGGAAUCAAACUCCUUAUUGAUCAUUGUCCAAACUUAGAGACCCUCACUGUCAACAUCCUUUCUCCAAAACCUUACCAUAUGGCUUCACAUGGUGCAAUCAACUCAGAGACACUUUGGCCACCAAGUAUCUCAUUCAGGUGUUUGAGAAGGACUCUCAAGGUCCUGGUGGUUAGGCCUUUUUGUGGUAGCUGGAUCGAGCGUCAUUUGUUGGCCUAUUUUGUUUGGCCGGAACAUGGGGAUGUAUUGGAGAGAGUUGAACUUUACUUGCCAACUUGGUUGAAUGAAACUCAAAGGAUGUGGGCACGUUUUGGAGCUGAUAGCUUGCAGAGCACUUCGAAUCGCGUAAACGUUAUUCUGUACAAUGCUUGA